CAUACACGACGACGUUUUCCCUGGUCCGAAACAAUAAUCAGAAGCCCUUCGCCGUUCGGAUUACGCCACCGCCACAAUCCUCCGGCGAACGAUUUCUGGGUUUGUUAUUCUCAUCUCAAAGUUCCGAUCUUUACUCUAAACAUGGCAAAGGGAACAAGCUCAAAGAUGAACAUCGCUAUAAUUCACCCCGAUCUUGGCAUAGGUGGAGCUGAAAGGUUAAUUGUGGAUGCAGCUGUUGAGCUUGCAUCCCAUGGUCAUAAAGUUCAUAUUUUUACUGCACAUCAUGAUAAAAAUAGAUGCUUUGAGGAAACUAUUGCUGGUACUUUUCCAGUUACUGUAUAUGGUUCCUCUCUUCCCCGGCAUAUAUUCUACCGUUUACAUGCACUGUGUGCAUACAUUCGGUGCCUAUUUGUUGCUUUCUGUGUACUUUUCAUGUGGCCUUCAUUUGAUGUUAUACUGGCAGAUCAGGUCUCUGUAGUUAUUCCCAUCUUGAAACUUAAAAGAUCAACAAAGGUUGUAUUCUACUGUCAUUUUCCAGACUUGUUGCUGGCUCAACAUUCAACAUUCAUUAGGAGGAUGUAUAGGAAACCGAUAGACUAUGUAGAAGAAAUAACAACUGGAAUGGCUGAUUUGAUACUUGUUAACAGCAUGUUCACUGCAUCAACUUUUGCCAAUACUUUUAAGCAUCUAAAUGCUAAAGGAAUUCGACCGGCUGUUUUGUACCCAGCAGUCAAUGUGGAUCAGUUCAAUGAACCCAGUUCCUUUAAGCUCAAUUUUCUUUCCAUUAACCGCUUUGAAAAGAAGAAGAACAUACAAUUAGCAAUUUCUGCUUUUGCUAUGCUUUGCUCGCCUGAUGGAGUUCUUAAGCAUCAAGACAUUAGUAAUGCUUCUUUGACUGUUGCAGGCGGCUUUGAUAAACGGUUGAAGGAGAAUGUAGAGUACUUAGAAGAGCUUAAAGAUUUAGCUGAAAAGGAAGGGGUUUCUAAUCAAAUAAGAUUCAUCACAUCUUGCUCUACAGCUGAAAGGAAUGCUCUUCUUUCAGAAUGCCUAUGUGUCCUUUACACGCCAAAGGAUGAGCACUUUGGUAUUGUUCCUUUGGAGGCAAUGGCAGCUUAUAAACCUGUUAUUGCAUGCAAUAGUGGUGGCCCUGUGGAGUCAAUCAAGAAUGAUGUAACAGGAUUCCUUUGUGAUCCUACACCACAAGAGUUUUCUUCAGCUAUGUCUAGCCUCAUAAAUGAUCCCCAGAGGGCAGAAAAAAUGGGCAGAGAAGCUAGGAGGCAUGUUGUUGAAUCAUUCUCUACAAAGACAUUUGGCCAACGUUUAAAUAGAUAUCUAGUUGACAUUCACCGGGGAAAGGAGGAUUGAGUUUAACAUGGGAUAUAGCAUGUUUUUGCUCUCAAAUUGUUAACUGCAAUUAGUGACCAUUCAACGUGCUGUUCAGAUUUUGGUUGACCUUGUCAAUUUUUUAUGUUA